ACGUUUUCAGUACUUAUACAAAAUUUGUUGAUAUUUAUUUACAAGAUUUUCAACAAUGGCUGCUAAUACUGAUGAACCGUUUGAAAAUCCCGAUUUCGAUGAGGAAGAUGGCGAGGAGCAAUUCGUUCCAACGAACGCAGGUCGCAAACGUCUGUUCAGCAAAGAGUUGCGUUGCAUGAUGUAUGGAUUUGGGGACGAUAAAAAUCCUUACACUGAGAGUGUUGAUUUGCUAGAAGAUCUUGUUAUUGAGUUCAUUACAGAAAUGACGCACCGUGCCAUGGAAAUCGGACGUACAGGCAGAGUACAAGUUGAAGAUAUUAUAUUUCUUGUGCGCAAGGAUCCUAGAAAAUAUGCUCGUGUAAAGGAUUUGUUAACCAUGAAUGAGGAAUUGAAAAAGGCUAGGAAAGCGUUCGACGAGAUUAAAUAUGUUGGAAGCGAAGCCAAGAUCAAAUGACAAAAAUCGAAAUAGUCAUUGGUGGCCUAUGACUAGAUUAAAAUGCAUAUUUUCUUAUAAUUUAUUGACCAUUACACUGAAUAAAUUUUUUUUUUUAAAAGGAA